GAAACGGUUUUGAGAAAUGCAAAAAAAUUGUAUAACCGGUAGAAAAAAUAUUAAAAAAAUAAUUAAUUGAAGAAAAAAUUUGAAAUAAAUACCUACUAUAUAGUAUGUAAAUAAAUCAAAUACGAAUAACGUAAUACGAGUAAAUAAUAAUUAAUGGUGAAUGAUUUGAUUUAAAACACAAACAUCCAUAAUCGUAUAAACACAUAAAGAAUAUCGGUUUCCAGGAAUACGCCAAACAAAAUCUUAAAGUGUCUUCUUCUUUUCAAUAAGUUGUAUGUGAAUUCAAGAUUGUAUUGUGAAAUAUUUUGAGAAAUCAAAAAAGGAAUGAAUAAAGUGUAUAUAUCAUGAAAUUUAACAAAUAAAACAAAAACAAACAAAGAAUACAAAAUGUUUAAAUUGAAUAUAAAUUUCAUAUAAAAAAAGAAUAAUAUAAUUUCAUUUAAAGCUAUAAAAGUGCAAACAAUUUAAAUUAACUGCUGAAAUCUUAUAAAAAGAAUGUGUUUACCCGAUGGUUGAAAAUAUUUGAGAAAACAAAAUUUUAUUAUUUUGGAAUAUUCAGAAAUUGCACUUCCUCACUUACUUUUUCAUUUGUUGUUGUGGAUUUUUAUAGCAGCAAACCAGUAGUUCGCUUAAAGCGAUACGAUUUUAGUUGAACUAACCAAAAAUAAUAUAUUCCGGCAAAAGCAAAACAAGAAAACAAAUGUUUUGAUAACAGUAAAAAGUUUUCGUUUUUGGUCAGUUUCAAUAACAAGACAAUGAAUCCCUCAUUUAAAACCCGAACAAGUGACGAGGCACUUGAUGAACAUAUACAACAACUGAAAGCCACAACGGCACAAAGAAAACAAAAUUUAAAUAAAAUAUAUGGAACCAACAAAACAUCAAGCAUCUUACCAAUACCGUCCACACCACCAGCGGUUAAACACCAACAACCCAUGGAAGAAAUGCGCAUGCGCAGCGAUUCAUCAGCCACAAGUAUUUAUGUAAUGGGCCACAAUUCCACCAUAAAAGAUCCCUAUGCCAGCAAUAACACUACAUUGGAUCGUAAACAGGAACACCGUUUGUCCUGGGUUAAUAUGCGCCGUAGAGCGGAAAGUGGUGCUGGCAGUAUAAGUGGCAAUAGCCGGGGUGGUGGUAGCAGUAUGGUACCACCUAUAACCCCCUCGCCACAAACAACACGCAGUUAUAUAUCGAACAUAACUACUACAGAGCUAAUGGGUUCGAAUGUUAUUGGUCGUGGUGGUGGUAUUAGAGAUGUGGGUGGCGGUGUUGGUGGCAGUGGCGGAGUGGGUACCAUAAGCGGUCGUACAACUGCCACUUCAGGACGUAUUAGUUCCAGUGGUAUUACUACCAUUAGUGGUAGCAAUAAUACACUUAACGAUAUUCACUCGGAUUAUCAUAGUCAAGAUGUGGGCGGCACUGGCAGUGAUUAUCAUAAUUUUUCACGCAUUGGCGUAUCGCCUAUGAAACAGCAUCUGUCGGUGAAUAGUAGUUUUAAUUUGGCCAAUGGUAGUACGGUUAAAUUGUUAACCGCCACAGACGAUGAAUCAAAUCAACAGGUGAGUUUUUAAA